AUGCUCAGGACAUUCUUCGCCAGGCCUGCAAAGAGAGCAAUUCGACCGACCCGAAUAGGAGGCCAUUUCACCUCACGGCUCUACAGCAUUCUCUUCUGCGGUGCAGACGAGUUCAGCAUAUAUUCCCUCAGAGCAGUACAUCGAUUGCUGGACCGAACCCUUGACAAGGUCCAAUCCAUCGAGGUUGUCUGCAGGCCUGCCAAGCGGGUGGGACGGGGCUUGCAGGAGAUCCAGGAGCCGCCGAUCAAAAGUGUUGCUGAAGAGCUGUCCCUGCCCGUCUAUCAGCUUGACACCUUCACCGGCUGGAAACCUCGACGUACUCCCGAUCUUAUCAUCGCCGUUUCUUUCGGCCUUCUCAUCCCAGCUCGUUUGCUGAGGGAGGCAAAGUAUGGCGGUCUGAAUGUCCAUCCAUCCUUGCUUCCGGACUUGCGUGGUCCUGCGCCAAUCCAGCAUGCUCUGCUCAAAGGGAGAACCCAUACCGGUGUUUCUCUUCAAGACAUGCAUCAUACCAAAUUCGAUCAUGGCAAGAUUCUAGAUCAAAUGCAGUUGGCUAUCCCAGAAGACUGUACUGUUGAGCACCUUAUCGAUACCUUGGGCCCAAUUGGUGCAUCCAUGUUGCAGAAUAUCAUUCUCCGUGACUUGAAAGCAUCUCCACUACCUAUCUCAGGGGCAGAUGCCUCGCAGGGCGAAUUGGAGCAUGCUCCCAAAAUCACUCCAGAGGAUCGUCACAUUGACUGGUCUACGUGGACGUCAGACAAGAUUCUUCGUUAUGACCGCGUGCUUGGUCGCCUGUGGGACAGGACUACAUAUCAAUAUUGCCACGGAAAGCCACAAGAAGCAAAACGCAUUACGUUUGAGGGACCCUGGCGGAGAAUCGUGGGGAAAGAGCUGCUGGAGUUUCACACUGACUGGCCAAGAUUGCCUGGAAGACCAACUUUGAAUUACAAGCAGAAGAAGCCAAUGAUAGGUGUCUGGACUGUUGAUGAAAGCCUUCUCGCUCCUAGCUACGCGACUGUGGAAGGUGGGAAGCCACGAACAGCACUUGCCGGCCUAAGGAAUCUCAUUUUGAAACAUAGCGAGUUGUCAAAGGUUCGCACGUCUCAGACAAGCUGA